CCCUGUUUACUCAGCCCUGUUUACUCAGCCCUGUUUACUCAGCCCUGUUUACUCAGCCCUGUUUACUCAGCCCUGUGUACUCAGACCUGUUUACUCAGCCCUGUUUACUCAACCCUGUUUACUCAGCCCUGUUUACUCAGACCUGUUUACUCAGCCCUGUUUGCUCAGCCCUGUUUACUCAGCCCUGUUUACUCAGCCCUGUUUACUCAGCCCUGUUUAUCCCUAUGCUUUUGCCUUAGUAACCGCGUUUCUUUGCCUGAGACUAAAGCACUACGACGAGCCCUUUAAAAAAACUACGGUUUCGGGAGUUUGUUUGGUUAAUGUUUAAUAAAGAAAUAAAUAAUUUGGUUGUUUUCUGUAAAAAGUUACCAAAUUGUUUGUGUAAAUAUCGUCAGCCAUCUAAUGAGAAAAGCUGUGAUUGGCCUUGCGGUCUCGAUCACACUAAACCACCCAGAAUAUUAUCUCUCAGAGAAUUGUGUUAUUCAUACGCAACUGCCAAAUUGCUUGCCUGAGACAUUUUCUGAUCCUUGAGAAACAAAUCGCAGUACUAUAUCCUGUCUAUCUAGUUUUGUUAACUUUCAUAAACAGAUAAGUGGAUUACCUUACACAACUUGCAUUUUGAUUGCAAGCCAUCCCCCCCCCUUUUUCUACCCUAAUUGACCAAGCUACUCUUUGGAGCUUGUAACUGCGUUUGAAGUUUGCAUUUACGCUGAAUUUAAUGCACCUUUACUUCUAAACAAAAAUAAUUUAUUUUGCACACAAAAGCUCAUAGUUCAAAUCUAUACCAACAAAUGUGAUAUCUACACUAACAAAUGGGAUUUACACUAGCAAAUAAGAUUGACACGUUAAACUAACAAAUGUAAUGGACACUAACUAACAUGUGUGUUGGAGAUGUGUGUAUUUCAGUACGUUCAGUCCUGCAAAUGAGACAACUAUGUUAAAUAUUACUUUUUAAAAUCCGCACUUACUUCCCUUCCCUCUGUAUUUCCCGUAAUGUGCAUCACUUUAAAGGCCUUAGAGAUACGGUAAUUAUUGCUUAUAUUCUUGGCUUUGGAUGAUAAAUAUUUCGUGUUUUUUUUUUCAUUCACUUUGAUGUCAGUCACAUCCGGAUAACGAAUAUAUUUGUGUUGGGAUAGCACUGGAAACACCAGAAUUGUACACUAAGUUUUUUUACACAGCUUAUAUUUAAAUUUGAAAAAAUUGUAUUUGGUAUAUUUUUUUUAGUAGACAGAUAAACUCAAAAAGUAAAAAAGAACACAUUCGACGAAUUGAUAAAGUAACCACUACUGAUGUCCUUUUCAAUGAAAUACUUGACCUCUGCAUACUGUAUACCCACAGUCCUCAGUCUGUAUGAUGUGUUCUGGUUGGG